AUGUGCAACAAAAGUUCAUUUAACGGAGAAAUCAGAGAAAUUCCAGGGAUAUCUGUGGAUAACUUCACUGGCAAGAAUUUAAGUUCUCGAGCAUUCUUCAUCAGCCAUUAUCAUAUGGACCAUGUUGUGGGCCUCUGGCUAAGCCCCCUAAUAGACCACCUCAGGAAGACUAAUGCCUACAUUUACACAACGGAAAUCACAAAGUCCAUAAUGAAACUAGAAGGUGGAAGUCAGACACUAAUGAAUUAUGUUAAAACUCUUAGUAAAGGUUAUAAUCUUAUCACUUUGCCAAGUGUGCCGGAACAGGACCUCGAGGAGAUGUUGGUCGACGUGACACUGAUUCCCGCAGGGCACUCGCUUGGUUCCACAAUGUUUCUCUUUAAGAUACCUGAAAAAACUGUGUUGUACACUGGCGACUUCAGAAUAAGGAUCAACGACGUCGCCAAAUACUCAAAGCUGCACGAGCCGAACGGCGAACCGAUAAAGAUAGACGCCCUAUACGUCGACACGACCUUCGUCGCGUCUAGAUUCGGGGACUUCCCCAAGCGAUCGGACACGGUUGAGUCCGUCAUAGACGUGAUAGAGACGUGGCUCGGGGGCGGCCCGAGUCGCGAGGUGGCGGUCUACCUCCCGGGGAACUACACGUUCGAGUUCAUAUUUAAUAGGAUCCACGAGAGGCUGAAGAUGAAGGUCCAGGUGGGUGAACUGAAGUGGAGGCUGUACAGCACCAUUCAGGAGCUGGUGCCGGGCGUCACCGACUGGCGGUCGAGGGUCCACUUAUGCCCCUGGCGGCGCGCCAGCUCGGAGAGCAAGCGGUGCGCCCACGACGCAACCCUAGACUACCUGCACGUGCGGCUUUCGGCGUACAAGUGGUCCGACUACGAUUUGGACCGCGCGCCGGUCAAGCGCGAGUCGGAGCGUCAGCUGCUCGCCUGCUUUUCGACCCACUGCUCCCGCAGCGAGUUGCUACACUUCGUGGAGCAUCUGUCCCCUGCCAAAAUAGUGGGCUUCCCCAACGUGUACACGCCGGGGACUCCCCCCGACGACCCGGUGGCGGGAUACCCGCCCGCGCCGAAGAGGAGGCGCAACAGACGCCUGGACUCCACCGGCUCGGUGGGCGGGGAGAUCCUCAAG